UGAAUCGGUGUGAGAACCUUAUUUCAUGCACUUAAAACUUAUUUCACAAUUCUCAUAGGCGUUGUUCUGUGGCUUUACUUUACUGUGCACGACUCGCUUUAUGCUCGGAAAUAACCUAGCAGGCUCUGUCAACUGGACAGCCGUGGUAAUAAUUUGGAUAAAUCAAGCCUACAGGUACAGGUACAAUUACUGAAAAAGCGACACGAUUGUAACUGUAAGUAUGCAGAUUUAUGGGGAUUCAAUUUGAAUUCAAAAGCUUUUGCUAACUUUAUUGGUCAAAUCAAACACAAGGCGCAGUGUAUCCACACAUAAUAGAUUAAUACAAGAACGAGUUACAACAGGUAAAUCUCAUUUAAUUCAUCCGCUUCCCCAUCGGUCCCGAGUUUUAGUGUAAAUUUUUUUACGAGAGCAGCAUUAGAAAAGAUUCAUUCGGGUACGCCAGCGGGUUGCCCACCCGCACCCGGACAUUUGGGAGUGUGACAUUUCGCCAGUUCAAUUGAAUUCCAAGGACGACUAUUCCUCGGCGAAAUGCCGCGGUGCCAGCCCACUCACCAGUGAUUAAUGGCUGUGUAUAACCAGCCCGUUAAAAAUUUUGCUAAUAAAAAAUUUUCUGUUUUGGGCUUUUUAUCAGAUCUAUUGGCAACGCAGUUUUUGUCCGCUGCGGGUUAUCACAACGAUCUUACGCGAUCGGCGCUUGAUGUGGACGUUCAUUAAGGUGUCUCUCCAUAGCCUUGUAUGUCGAAGCGUACUGGCUGAAUAAUAAGGAUACCUAACGUACAGGUGCAGGACGCAGUGUUUAUACGGAAAAUGUAUUUCAUGAAUGGAGCGGGGAUACUUCCAAAUAAGUCGAAGAAAAAACCGCACUUUUCAGUGCGGUUACUCGUAUUUUGACGGCGCAAAAUUCACCCACCGACCGAAGUGUUUGAUUUAUUAUGCCUCGGGUUUUGCUUCCAUGGCCUCGACAUCGCAUUUCAUAAAAUAAACCUGUCCAGUUUGAAAUAUUUUAGUUGACUGCUAUGGGUGGGCGGUGUAGUGUGUGGGAUGGUUGAUGCCAGCCAGUUGGUCUAUACAACGAGAUAAGCACUGAUGGAGAGGAGCGACUGCUUCAAACAAACUGUCACAUCCCACAACAGUCUCCAUAUGUUGAUCUGCAGCAUACACGCAAAUCCAGUUGCACACUGCAAUCCAAGCAGCCGGCAUAACAUUCUUAAUUUUCUUUCUGCUAUUAGAUAGCACGCAUACCACUUUCUUGUGCAUUCUUUGUUUUAAGAAUUCUCUCAGACGGCCCGACCGCCGCAGACUUAUUUAAUUCACAUCGCGAUUUUUAUGGCAUUUGGAAUGCUAAGCCGGUAGGCUGGUUUGUUCCGGCCUGGGAAGAAUAGCAGUAAGGAUAUUCGGUGGUACAACUCCCAUAACACAGCCGUUUAAACCGACAUCGCCAGGACAUGGACUCCACAGAAGAAAACGCUGCCUUUUAUGCCCUUUUGAACUGCACAACAAACAGCUCGGCGGAUGUGCUGAUGUUCCUGAACCAGAGCGAUCCCGGCUACCUAACCCAGAGAUACAACUACAUCAGCAUUCUGCUCAGUUUGGCCUGUUUCGGUGUGGUGCUCAAUGCCAGCAUGAUCGCGCUCCUACUGAAGAGUGCCUUGUAUCGUCAUUCGACUCUGAGCAUACUGUCAAUGCAGUUGUUUGCCGCUAAUUUGUUGGUGUCGGUGUUUUGUCUGCUGGCUGACGGGAUUUGGAACAUCACCGUGCAGUGGUUGGGCGGGGAUUUUCUCUGCAGAAUCAUCAAGUUUUGCCAGAUGUUCAGUUUAUACGCAGCAAACUUAAUCCUCACCGGGAUGAGCAUUGAGACCUGCAUUACUGUGACCUUUCCGCUGAGUAAAUCCAGUAAGGUGGAGAGUCGAUCGCGGGUGAAGGCCAUCAGCGGAUUCGCCUGGAUCGUCUCGUCGUUGUGCAGCGUACCACAGGCGGUGAUUUUCCAUACGGAGCGCGCGCCUAUUUGCGCCGAAUUCUAUCAGUGCGUUACGCAUGGCUUCUACUCGAGCGCCGAUCAAGAGCUAGCCUACACCUUAGCUACUCUUAUCGUCAUGUGCUUGGUUCCAUUAUGCAUUAUUAUUAUCUGCUAUUUGGUCAUUUCCGUGGCGAUUACCAGAGAAUCACGGAUUGCGGCCGGGAGUCCUGAUCCUGCCGUUAAUUCGAGAAUUUGCCCCUGUCACAUAGAAGAAACCAGCACACCCAUGCCUAGUGCACAGAACAGCGCGAUGCCGUGUCCCAGCAGUACGGGCCAGGGUAAACGGCUGUACCGGAAAACCCGGAAGAUAUCCUUGUGGAUGACUUUCAGUACGGCUGCCAGCUUCGUUAUUUGUUGGGUGCCUUACUAUGUGGGAAUGCUGGGGUAUUUGUUCCGUUGGAGCAUUUCCACUCAAACAAUGACUACAAUUUUCUGUCUAGGAAUGAGUUUUUCGGUGGUCAAUCCAAUUAUUUUUGGUGGAUUUUUGCUGACCCGUCAGUCCACCUGGAGCAACCAACAAUGGCACUGGACAGCUAGACGACCUUUUUUUUUCUCGUCCCUCUUCUUAGCAGAGCAUGCACCGCAUUUUGCAUCAUUAUUUUGCUGAUUUUUGUUUGUUGACAAUUUUUAUUGUUUUUGGUAGCACAGUGACUGUGGCCGGAAUAUUUGGUGUUUGAACCGUUUGGUUACAAUACAUAUUUGUGAUAUUGCGGAUUUUGUGCUGUUUGUAUGUUUUUCUGUAAGGAAUUCGUGCUAUUGGGUCAGCCUGCCUAAAUGAGUUUAUUGUCCUCUGCACCUAACAAAUUUAGAGUGCGAAUGAAAUAAAACCA